GCUGCCACUGCACAGCUGCAGCGCACCCUACCCGCACAUGGAGUACCUCGCAGACCAGGGCCCGGCCCAGGACCCGUACCGCCCCUCCAUCUUCGAACUCGCCGCUCAAGACCAGCUGAGAGACCUCCUUAGCCCCGUCGUCCGCUACGUCCUCUCGGUCUUUGCCCAGCGACACCCGCGCUACCUCCUCCGCAUCGUAAACCACCACGAUGGCCUGUUUGCCCUCGCCAUGUGGUUCGUCGAGCGCCACUACCUCGUCGCCCACGGCGGCUCGUUCACAGAGACCUUUUAUGGCCUCAAGCGCCGCAAGGUCCUCGGCAGCGGCGGCGGCGGCGCACGCGAGGAGCGCACAAAGGCCGCCUUUGCGCUCACGGGCAAGAGCGACAGGCUCGGGAGCAACGAGGUGACCGGCAGCCUCGUCUUUCUCGUCCUCCUCCCGUACCUCAAGAUCAAGGCGACCGACCUGUACGAGCGACUCGGCGGCGGCGUCGACGCCGACCUCUUCUCGUCGCCCUCCUCACCCUCGUCGUCCCCGCUCGCCAUCCUCCGCAACUCGUCCCUCAACCCUUCGCUCCUCGCCCGCCUCAAGCUCGCGUCGCAAGCCCUGUUCAAGCUGUCGUACCCGCACGCCAACCUCGUGUGGGAGCUCGUCCUCCUCGUGUACAACCUGCGGUACCUGUUCGGCCGCAGCCCGUACUGGCGCCCCUGGUUUCGCCUCCUCGGCAUCGAGGUCCGCCGCAUGGGCCAAGAAGACUAUCGCCUCUUUGCCGCGCCGCGCAACUCGCCCCCGACGACUCGCCCUCCCGUCCUCACCAUCCUGCGCCGCCUCGUGCGCCUGUCGCCCGCGCUCGCGCUCGACUCGCUCCGGCUCGUCCUCCCGCUCAGCAUCUUUGGGUUCCGCCUCCUCGAGUGGUGGUACUCGCCAGCGGGCGCGUCGGGCCGACUCGGCUCGGGCAGGAAGGCGGGCGCGCAGCCGGCGCUGCGGGCGCCACCGCCGCCUCGACCUAGGGGCGCAGCAGCAGGCGGCGACGAGGGCAAGGAGGACGAGGAGGUUGCGGCGCGAGGACAGUGUGUCGUGCACGGCGGCAAGGUCGAGAACCCGACGGCGCUCCCGAGUGGGUGGGUCGGGUGCUACCGGUGCCUGCGCGCGCUCGAGGAGGAGGUCGAGGACGCGGCGCUCGGCGGGACGAGGGGCAGCGGGCGCCUGAGGGACCCCAAGACGGGCGAGUGGGUCGAGGUGGGACGGCUGCGGCGGAUCAUGGGGUAGCUGAAGGGUGCAGUGCACGCGUGACAGCU